AAAUGCCACAAAGCAGUCUCUGUCACUGUAUAUGGGAAACGAAACAUUUUUUGAAAAUUUAAAGUAAAGGCUACUUAUGGCGAAAGAAGGAAGAUCCUACAGAAGACGUUCCAGAUCAAGAUCUAAAUCAAGGGAUAGGAAACGUAAAAGAUCAAGGUCAAAAGAAAGGCGAAGGUCAAGGUCAAGAGAUAGAAGGUCAAAGUCAAGGGAGAGAAGACGUUCAAGAUCACGAGAAAGGAAAAGAUCAAGAUCACGAGAAAGGAAGCGCUCUAGAUCUAGGGAGCGCAAAAGAUCUAGGUCAAGAGAGCGGAGGAGAAAGGAUGAUAAAAGGAGAUCAAGAUCUAGGGAAAGAAGGAAGAGAUCCCGUUCCAAAGAUAGGUCAAAAAGCAAGUCACCUUCGAGGUAUGCUGAAGGAGCUCUAAGGGUUAAAGAUGAACCCCUUGAUAAGGAAGAAGAACAGAAAAGACUUGAAAUGGAAAUGCAGAAGCGGAGGGAAAGGAUUGAGAAAUGGAGAGCAGAGAAAAACAAGACAAAAGAACUCCUACCAAUCAAUAUAGCUCCUCCAUCAAAGAAGUGGAGCCUGGAGGAUGAGGAUGAUGAUGAGGAGGAGAGUGUAGAUACAGGUGUGAAAACUGAAGAUGAUGAUGAAGUUGAUCCACUUGAUGCUUAUAUGCAAUGUGUGAAUGAAGAGAUAAAGAAGCCAGAGCUGACUAAAGCACCAAUGGAUACAAAUAAUAGUUCAAGUGGUAAAGUUACAAUAAUAACAGCUGUAGCCAAGAAGAAAACAGAUCCUACAGUACAGAAAGGGGAGCUCAUGCUUAAUAAUACAGAUCUUAUGGAGUAUUCCUCAGAAGAAGAGGAGGAAGAUCUGGACUCUACUAUGCUGAACAUGAUCAAGAAAAAAAAGGAUCUGGCCACUACUGAUCACAGUAAAGUGUAUUAUGCUUCAUUCAGAAAGAACUUUUAUGUUGAAAUUCCAGAACUUGCCAGGAUGACACAUGAAGAGACUGAAGCGCUGCGGGCAGAGAUGGAAGGCAUCAAAGUACAUGGUAAAGGCUGUCCAAAGCCUGUCAAAGAGUGGGCUCAGGUUGGGGUCAGCAAAAAGGUCUUAGACUGUCUCAAAAAAAACAAUUUUGAGAAACCUACACCUAUUCAGGCUCAGGCUAUUCCAGCUGUUAUGUCUGGCAGAGAUCUUAUCGGUAUAGCAAAAACGGGGAGUGGUAAAACGCUGGCGUUUCUACUUCCAAUGUUUAGACAUAUUCUUGAUCAACCAGAACUUGAUGAUGAAGAUGGACCUAUAGGAGUAAUUCUAACCCCAACUAGAGAAUUGGCCAUGCAGAUCACCUCUGAUGCUAAGAAGUUUACUAAAGCGCUAGGUCUGCAUGCUGUGUGUGUGUAUGGAGGUACAGGGAUAUCGGAACAGAUUGCUGAGUUGAAACGUGGCUGUGAGAUCAUUGUGUGUACACCUGGCAGGAUGAUUGAUAUGUUAGCAGCAAAUAAUGGUCGGGUUACCAAUCUACGGCGUUGUACCUAUGUAGUCCUGGACGAGGCUGACAGAAUGUUUGAUAUGGGAUUUGAACCACAGGUAAAUCGUAUAAUAGAUAACAUAAGACCAGACCGACAAACUGUGAUGUUCUCAGCAACUUUUCCUAGACAGAUGGAAGCUUUGGCGAGAAAAAUUCUUACCAAACCUAUAGAGAUACAAGUUGGGGGCAGAAGUGUCGUCUGCAAAGAUGUUGACCAACAUGUUACAAUACUUGAGGAUGAUCAGAAGUUUUUCAAGUUGCUAGAAUUGCUGGGUCAGUUCCAGGAGAAGGGUGGAGUAAUCGUGUUUGUUGACAAGCAGGAACAUGCUGAUGAUCUCAUGAAGGACCUAUUGAAACAUUCAUAUCCAUGUAUGUCCUUACAUGGCGGUAUAGAUCAGUAUGACAGAGGAAGCAUUAUCAGCGAUUUUAAAAAUGGGGAUAUAAAAUUAUUGAUAGCAACAUCUAUAGCAGCCAGAGGUUUAGAUGUAAAACAUUUGAUACUUGUUGUCAAUUAUGACUGUCCUAACCACUAUGAAGACUAUGUACACAGAUGUGGACGGACUGGCCGAGCGGGGAACAAAGGCACAGCUCAUACAUUUAUCAAUCCGGAGCAGGUCCGGUAUGCUGGUGACAUCAUUAAGGCUCUAGAAUUGUCCGAAACAACUGUACCAGAUAACCUAAAAAAUUGGUGGGAAUCCUACAAGAAACAAGCAGAGGCAGAUGGAAUAAAGAUCAAGAGUAGCUCUGGUUUCCAUGGUAAAGGUUUCAAGUUUGACGAGUCGGAGGCCCAGCUCGUCAAUGACAGGAAGAAGCUACAGAAGGCGGCACUGGGACUCGUAGAUUCUGAUGAGGAAGAUCCUAAUGAAGAUAUAGAACAACAGAUUGAAGACAUGUUUGCCAGUAAGAGAAGAGUGACAGAUGUCUCCAAAUCUUCCCUACCUCAGAUGCCAGUGACUGGAGGCUUGAUGACUGGUGCCCCAGGGAAGAUGGGAGCCAACAACCAGAUGAAGUUAGAGAUGGCAAAGAGACUAGCCGCAAAAAUAAACUUCAGUAAGAACCUUGGUCAGGAAGCACAGGACAUCACACAGCAAGCCACCAAGGCCAUCUUCCAGGAUGGUGUGUCUGCUCCGCAAGUGGCUUCAAAGACAAUAGCUGAGCAGAUGGCAGAGAAAAUUAAUGCAAAGCUGGGUUACACACCACAGAUAGAGGAUGAUAAGGAAUUGGAACAAGAUACAUUCAAGCGAUAUGAGGAAGAGUUGGAGAUUAAUGACUUCCCACAGACAGCAAGAUGGAAGGUCACAUCAAAGGAGGCCCUUGCCCAGAUCUGUGAGUAUUCAGAAGCAGGUAUCACAGUACGAGGAACUUACUUCCCUCCAGGAAAACAACCGAAGGAAGAAGAACGUAAACUCUACCUUGCUAUUGAAGCUACCAGUGAAAUGGCAAUCCAGAAGGCAAAGAAAGAAGUAACACGACUUAUCAAGGAGGAACUUAUACGUCUUCAAAAUUCCUAUCAACCUAUCAACAGAGCCAGAUACAAGGUUGUCUGAGGAAGAAUGGACGUACAGAACACGGCGCUGCAGAGUGGGACUGCAUUUACACUUUACAAAUUCUACAGAUUCACACUAUACAGAUGUCAGCAUAUAACAUGCUCAUAUAUUGAAACUGUGAAGCAAAGAAUGUGAACUGUGUUUGUUGUGCUUUUUUUUAGCUCACCUGUCACAUAGUGACAGGGUGAGCUUUUGUGAUCGCCCGUCGUCCGUCCACAAUUUCUUGUGAACACGAUAGAGACCACAUUUUGCACGCAAUUUUGAUCAAACUUGUACAAAACUUGUAUUGGCAUGAUAUUUUGGUUUCUCUCGAAAACUGGCCAGAUCCCAUCAUGGGUUCUAGAGUUAUUGCCCCUUAAAGGGCCAGAAUUUGCUAUUGUGCGUGCGUCAACAAUUUCUUGUCUGCACGAUAGUGGUUUCAUUUAUGAUUUUAUUUUAACCAAACUUGCACACAUCUUGUAUCACCAUAAGAUCUUGGUUCCUUUCUUGAACUGGCCAGAUCCCAUUAUGGGUUCCAGAGUUAUGGCCCUUUCAGGGCCAUUAGCUAUUUUGACCUUGUCUGCACAAUAGCAGCUUUAUUUAUGAUUUGAUUUUUACCAAACUUGCACACAACUUGUAUCACCAUAAGAUCUUGGGUCCUUUCUUGAACUGGCCAGAUUCCUUUAUGGGUUCCAGAGUUAUGGCCCCUGAAAGAGCCAGAAUUAGCUAUUUUGACCUUGUCUGCACAAUAGCAGCUUCAUUUAUGGUUUUAUUUUAACCAAAUUUACACACAACUUGUAUCACCAUAAGAUCUUGGAUCCUGUCUUGAACUGGCCAGAUUCCAUUAUGUAUUCCAGAGUGAUGGCCCCUGACAGUGUCAGAAUUAGCUAUUUUGACCUUGUCUGCACAGUAGCAGCUUCAUCUAUGAUUUGAAUUUAAUCAAACUUGCACAAAACUUGUGUCACCAUAAGAUCUCGGUUUCUUUCCUGAACCGGCCAGAUCCCAUAAUGGGUUCCAGAGUUAUGGCCCCUGAAAGGGCCAAAAUUAGCUAUUUUGACCUUGUCUGCACAAUAGCAGCUUCAUUUAUGAUUUGAUUUUAACCAAACUCGCACACAACUUGUAUCACCGUAAGAUCUCGAUUCCUUUUUAUCCGCCUGAAGGGACAUAUGUUAUCGCCUCGGUGUCCGUCUGUAUGUCUGUCUGUUCGUUAGCAAUUUCCCUUCCGCUCUGUAACUCUUGAACCCCUUGAAGGAUUUCAGUUCACCUCAUCGAAACGACGUGCAGAGCGCAUGUUUCGGAUGGCUCACUUCAAGGUCAAGGUCACACUUAGGGGUCAAAGGUCAUAUGACUUUGUUUUGUGUGUAUAUUGCUCUGCAUUUGCAUUGCAUUGCAGUGCUCUUGUUUUUAUUUGGCAGAUCCUUCUUUUGUUCACUUACAAUAAUUUUUUUUUAAUUACUUCCCUUUGGCCGUAGGGAAAAACCGAGACCACUUUUCUGUGGUACAACAUGGAUGGUACCUCCAAUUUUUAGGUGUAUUUUGACAUAUCUGUACCUUGUAAGAAUUUUUUUUUUCUUUUUGGUUAAAUUUCUUCCCUUUGUUGUUCCUGUCCUUUGGACUUAUGGCUAUAUAGAAAACUGAUUUCAAAACAAUUUUACACAAGACAAGUGUUCCUUGAGUGACCCUCUACUAUAUUCCUUCAAAUAAUUUUGAUUCAGCGAAAAACAUGGCCCCCAAGGGGUUUUGCUUAUUAUGCCCCCACUUUGGGGGGGGCGCAUAUAGAUUUGCCCUUGUCCGUCCGUUAGGGGCCUCCGUGGCCGAGUGGUUAAGGUCGCUGACUUCAAAUCACUUGCCCCUCAUCGAUGUGGGUUCGAGCCUCACUUGGGGCGUUGAAUUCUUCACGUGAGGAAGCCAUCCAGCUGGCUUACGGAAGGUCGGUGGUUCUACCCAGGUGCCCGCUCGUGAUGAAAUAAUGCACGGAGGGGCACCUAGGGUCUUCCUCCACCAUCAAAGCUGGAAAGUUGCCAUAUGACCUAAAAUGUGUUGGUGCGACAUUAAACCCAAAACAAAAAACAAAAAAUUGUCCGUCCGUCCGUUCUUCCAAGAAUGUUGUGUCGCGCCUAGCUCCAAAAGUAUUUGACGUAGAGUCACAAAACUUUACAGGAAUGUUGGUCAGCAUGUGUAGUUGUGCACCUGGGGUUUCGCGUCUGGAUUCAUUCAGUCAUGUAGGAGUUAUGGCCCCUGACUUAGUUAAAAAUUGGUCAUUUUAAUGUUGUGUCGCGCGUAGCUCCAAAAGUAUUUGACCUAGAGUCACCAAAGUUUACAGGAAUGUUGGUCAGCAUGUGCAGGUGUCCUUUGUCAUGUAGUGGGGGCAUCUGUGUCUCAUGGACACAUUUCUAGUUUUCCCUAUAUGCCUAUACAGUACUUUGAAAAUCUUUUUGUCAGAAACUGCUGGUCCAUUUUCAAAAUAAUUUUACACAAAUGUUUCUUGGGUGACCCUCUACCAAAUUCCUUCAUUGAAAAAGUGGCCGCCUGGGGGAGGGGCUCAUUUUCCCAUAUGGCUAUACAGAAAACUUCUUGUAUGAAACUACUGGCCUGAUUAGAAAAUAAUUUUUUUUGAAGUAACUUUAAGAAAAUUUUAACUAUAUUUUCUCAUAAUUCUUUUGAUUGAUAUUGAUUAUGAUUUUUUGACCUUCUUGUCCUUAAGUGCAAUGAUAACAGGUGAGCAAUAUAGGGCCAUUAUGGCCCUCUUGUUUCUAAAAUAAAGCACUUUUGAUGGAGUCAUUUCAGUGGUAGAUGUGUUUUACUUUAGAGCUGUUUGUUAUCUUUAUAUUUUAAUGUUAGGUUUUGAAGCAGAAAUAAUGUUUGAAAGGUGCUGUAUAAAUGAGAUAUGAAAAGCAGCUUAUAAAUACAAUAUUUAUUGACUGCAUUUGAUAACUUCUCUCUGCUAACUGAUUUUCAAACCAUCUGAUGUGGCAAGUGUCACAAAAAUAUUAAAACAGUUAUUCUCCCAUUUGUAAAACAGUGAAGGUACAAUGAAAUAUGCAUUGUCCAUCAGUAGACAUUUUCUAUUUCCAGACUCUAAGUCAGAAAGUAUUAUAACUAAAGCUUUCAAACUACAUUGAGACUUCAGGAGGAUCCCUCACUGUUUUUGGGGUCAUGGUCACUGUUCAAUUGACAACGGUUUCCAGACUACUUAUAAAACCUAUGGCUUUUAAAUUGUACAUGUCUAAAUACCACCAGAGGAACAUCCAGGGAGAAGUGACUUCUCCCGCCACAGAAUUUAGGGAGAAAUCGAGGAAUUUAAGGAGAGGAUUCGGCAUGGUAUUCAGUUUCCCGCCUGUAUAUCCACUUUCUAUGGGUCUUGCUGUAACUUAUAAACAGUAAUUAUUUAAGGAAAUUGAAUAUUGCAUUAUUAUUUUCAUGAAUUUCUAAAAGUACAAACUGAGUUAUGAAAAAGUUGACUUUAAAUUUUUAUCCGAAAUUUACACGUCCGAAACUCGUAAUUUUAUCAGGUGCACGAUCGAAACGCCGUGAAAAUUUUCAUUCAUUUUUCGAUUCUCGUGCUUUAAUAAUGCCCGAUUCUUGCAUCAACUUGUUCAGAUUUAUACAUUUAACUGAUUUAUUUAUAAAUCUUUUCGAAAAUAAUACCAAACUUGAAGAUAUUGGCCAUCUUUUUACAAUAUUUUGUACCGCAGUUCAGACGUCUGCGGAAUCGUUUUUUUAUCCACAGCGCCGGGCAAUUCAUUUACAGAAAUUGGCCGUAUUUGAAAUAAGUUUUGUAGUAAUUUUUAAUAAAAUUAAGAAAUACCGGUAAUAUACAAAUGAUGCAUAAGAUCAUGCACUUGUUAAGUUUAUCGGCUUUUUACACGCCGAUUGAAAAUUUUCAAAAUGGCGGCGGCUUACAAUAUUAUUGAUUAACUACUGUGGGAUAUUAACACUACGAUUGGCUGAAGUUUGACAGGCGAGUAGGCGGGGUUGACCAUUGAUUUAUGGUAAUUUAAUCUAGAAUAUGCAUCAAGUUUUACAUUUACAUUUUACUAUUAUGUUUGUUUGUUUGUUUUGGGUUUAAUGCCGUUUUUCAACAGUAUUUCAGUCAUGUAACGGCGGGCAGUUAACCUAACCAGUAUUCCUGGAUUCUGUACCAGUACAAACCUGUUCUCCGCAAGUAACUGCCAACUUCCCCACAUGAAUCAGAGGUGGAGGACUAAUGAUUUCAGACACAAUGUCGUUUAUCAAAUAGUCACGGAGAACAUACGCCCCGCCCGAGGAUCGAACUCACGACCCCGAGAUCCGUAGACCAACGCUCUUACCUACUGAGCUAAGCGGGCGGGCAACAUUUUACUAUUAAGUAAACAGAUUACAACACUCUGAAAAACUCGGCGAUUCGGAUUUCGCCGGGAGGCGAUAAUUCGGCAAAGUGGCUGACUUUACAGCGACGAUAUCGCUCAAAUCGCUUUGUAGGAUGAUCCCUGAACAUCCCCAUUGAUUUAUGAGUCAGAUGGCUCAAAGAUCAAUGUAACGGACAUGAUUUAACUUUGGUCAAGACUCAUAAGUAAGUCAGUAAUUAUAAAAGUUACGGCUUUCAAACUUUACACUUGACUAAAUACCACUCGAGGAGGAUCCAUAUAGAUUUGGACAGGAUGUGGGAGGAGUACUUAGAUAUCUCUUUGUCUGUCUGUCCGACAUUUCUGUUGCACAUAUCUUAAUUAUAAUAAAUAAUAAAGUCUGUGAAAAUAUCCUUUUGAAAGAUAGAACUUAAGAGUUAGGAAUUUUACUCAGUAAGACUAGAGUUAUGGCCAUUGACUCAGUAAGAAGUAUAUAUACUGUGAAAUCAUUAUUAUUCGUGGGGGAUUAAUUUUCGUGGAUUUCAUGGUUGAGCUCAACCACGAAUUUAAGUCCCAACGAACAAAUUGUGCCCAUAAUAAUUUUAAUUGUACGCAAAGUCGCCGUAGUUGUAUGCAUGCGGCAGUACUAACCUGCAUCUUUCGUGUAGUUUAUGGAGGCUCCAUCAACGAUAAACACAGGUAUGCGUGGAAACAAAACCGACUAUUUCAUUAAAAAAUGUACCCGUGGUUAGUUUAUGAGAUGCUUGUCAAAGUAAAAGUAGAUACUAAAAAUAGAAGUUUGACGUAGCGUCACGUGCCAACCCCACUAUAAUACGGCUGUUAUUUGAUUUUUUCGGCCCCGCUAUGCAAUGUUUAUACACUAGCCUUUAUUUUUACUGACAUGAAAUAAAAUACUAUGACUUUGGAACUAUUAAAUAUUAUAAAUUAAUUGCUAGAUUUGCGUCCGAUGCAUUAAUACUUAAUUCACAUUACACGUUUCUCGGCAGGAAAUAACACAUGCACAAGUUCAACAGCUUGUAA